AUGGCUGCCAUCCGAAAGAAACUGGUGAUUGUUGGUGAUGGAGCUUGUGGCAAGACAUGCUUGCUCAUUGUUUUCAGCAAGGACCGGUUCCCAGAGAUGUACGUGCCCACAGUGUUUGAGAACUAUGUGGCAGAUAUUGAGGUGGAUGGAAAUCAGGUAGAAUUGGCCCUGUGGGAUACAGCUGGACAGGAAGAUUAUGAUCGCCUGAGGCCUCUCUCUUAUCCAGACACUGAUGUUAUACUGAUGUGUUUCUCCAUUGACAGGCCUGAUAGUUUAGCAAACAUCCCAGAAAAAUGGACUCCAGAAGUCAAGCAUUUCUGCCCCAACGUACCCAUUAUCCUGGUUGGGAACAAGAAGGAUCUUCGAAAUGACAAGCACACAAUACAGGAGUUAGCCAAGGUGAAGCAGAAGCCAGUAAAACCGGAAGAAGGGAGAGACAUGGUGAACAAGAUUGAUGCUUUUGGGUACAUGGAGUGUUCAGCAAAGACCAAAGAUGGGGUGAUGGAGGUUUUUGAAACGGCCACAAGAGCUGCUCUGCAAACCAGGCGUGGGAAGAAAAGAUCUUCGUGUCUGUUCUUGUGA